AGCCGUAUUCGCGGCUCGAAGGCGCUGCGGCCCUCGGACCUUGAGCCCAGCCGGCGCCUGUAGGCUUUUACAGAAAUGAGCGAUUUUGGGAGCCUGGUGCUCCUUAUUGGUGACUACCACGUCCCCCAGCGCAAGGGCGACGUGCCCUCCUGCUUCAAAGAGCUGCUGAACACGGACAAGAUUGGCAUGGUGCUCUGCACCGGCAACGUGGGCUCCAGAGCUGUAGUCCAGCAGCUGCAGGGCAUCGCCGGCGACAACUGCAAGAUAGUCUGCGGAGACGCCGACUAUGAGUUCGACUUUCCGGAGACGACUGUCACUUCAGUCGGCGACUUCAAGGUGGGCCUCAUCCAUGGCCACCAGAUCUUGCCCUGGGGCGACCAGACCGCCCUGGUGAAGAUGGCCGGGAAGCUGGGCGUGGACGUCCUCGUGUCCGGCCACACCCAUAAGCACAGCGUUCAGAAUUUGGGCGGCAAGUUCAUCAUCAACCCGGGUUCAGUGACCGGGGCAUGCAACGCCGUCGGCGAAUUCGACGUGGUGCCGUCGUUCAUGCUCAUGGCAGUGCAGGGUUCAGGCGUGGUGCUCUACACCUACGAGGAGAAGGAUGGCGAGGCGAAGGUCUCGAUGAACGAGCUGAAGAAGAACUGAAGCCCGAGGCGCACACCCCCGACGUCGAGAGGUCGCCCUCGGGAGGUGUGGCUGCAGCGCGUGGGCAGCCCGCGCCUCGGUGCGGAUCACGCAUGCGACGGCCUGCAGUAGAUUGGUGCGGCAUAUAGACGCCGCAGCGAUGCGCAGCAGAAAAUGCGCCAUGGUUAGCAGCCCCUCGAGGAAGAGAAGGAAGGAA